GCUGAGCGGAAGGCGGGAAGGCGGAGGCAGAGCAGAGGCAGAGAGAGCAGAGGCAGAGAGAGCAGAGGCGGAGCAGGGCCACGAAUUGUGGCACCGCGCACAAACGCACACACACACUUACACACUUACACUUGCGCAAGGAAAGAAGGAUUGCAGCAGCAGCAGCAGCGGGAGUGGCGACUCUCUCGCUCUCUCUCUGCCCUGCUCUGCCCUGGCUGUGCAGCUAUCUAUCUAUUCAUCUUUCUAUCUCUCUCCCUGUAGCUCCCCCUCCGCUAUCCUUCAUCUUCUUCUUCAUCUUCCUCUUCCUCACUGCUCUUGUGUUAGGGUUCUCCUACUUGCCCCCUGUUCUGCGUCUAGCAAGGAAGGAAGGCAGGAUUCUAUUCCACUUACUUACUUACCCUACUCUCUCCGUCGGGACUUGCACUGGAUGUCUUCUUCGCCAUUGCUUCUUCUCUCUUACUUACUGUUGUGCACUUCCUUUCCUCUCUCGGAUCGGGGGAAUGAUUAGCAGCAUCUAUCCUCCUCCUCAAGUGCUGCUGCUGCUGCUUUCAUCAUGGCCCCGACGGGAUCUGCCACGCACCGCCGUGAGCUGCGUCGCGCUGUUCGUCAGCUUCGUGCUCGAGGCCUUCACAGUGCUGCCAAAUGGGCUGCAGAACAACUAGUUGGCCUUCGUGAGAAAACCAUUAGCAAUAGUGUUGCACUGGAAGAGAAUGCCACGACGAGGGAAAGUACCGGGUUCGAAUUUAGAAGUACAGGAGUUGCAUCUGACUGUCCGGAACAAGGAACCGAUCGAGACGAUAUUGAUAGCGAACAGGAUGACGAUGGUUUACUUUUGGCAAGGUCUUACUUCGACACCCGUGAAUAUAGACGAGCGGCUCACGCCCUUCAAUCUGCAUCUGGAAGCACAGCAACGUUUUUGCGGUUUUAUGCCACAUAUCUGGCAGGGGAGAAGAGGAAGGAAGAAGACACGGUUGAUCUAGCAGGCCCACUUGGGAGGAGUGACGCUGUGAACUUGGAGCUUGUAUCUCUGGAACAAGAACUUUCGUCUUUGUAUCGGAUGGGUACGCUUGAUGCAUUUGGAAUGUACCUUUAUGGUGUGAUUUUGCGUGAGCGGGACAAACACGCCGAAGCCUGCACAGUGUUGUGUGCCUCUGUAAAUUCUUAUCCAUGGAACUGGAGCGCCUGGCUGGAACUCCAGGCUUUGUGUACAGAUCCAGACAUCUUUCAUACUUUGGAUUUGAAAGACCAUUGGAUGCGUGAUUUUUUCGUCGCCAGUCUCUUUCUAGACCUGCAACGGAAUUCCGAAGGAUUAGCACGAUAUCAGUCCCUUAACCUCUUGUUUCCUGGAAGCGAUCACAUACUAGCGCAGACAGCUGUAGCACACUAUAAUUUAAGGGAAUUCGAUGAUGCUGAGCGCUUGUUUGAAGAGCUGCUUCGAGCUGAUCCUUAUCGAAUUGAAGGUAUGGACACGUACUCCAAUAUACUCUAUGUGAAGGAGUGUUUUGCAGCACUUAGCCACCUUGCGCACAAGUCUGUCCUUACGGAAAAAUAUCGUUCGGAAACUUGCUGCAUCAUUGGAAACUACUACAGUUUGAAAGCACAGCAUGAAAAGGCAGUUCUGUAUUUCAAGCGUGCUCUUAGACUGAAUCCGAAAUUUCUGUCCGCAUGGACGUUGAUGGGGCAUGAAUUUGUUGAGAUGAAGAAUACUCCAGCAGCGAUUGAUGCGUACAGACGAGCUGUUGACAUAAAUCCCAGAGAUUAUCGAGCAUGGUAUGGCCUGGGUCAGACAUAUGAGAUCCUUGCAAUGCCCUACUAUGCUCUCUAUUAUUAUCGUCGAGCUACUCAGUUGCGACCGCACGAUGCUCGGAUGUGGUGUGCGAUGGGACAAUGCUAUGAAAGUGAUCAAUUACAAAUUUAUGAUGCAGCUAUUCGAUGUUACAAGCGAGCCGUUAAUAAUAAUGACAGGGAAGGUAUUGCCCUUAACAAGCUGGCAAAGUUGCAUGUUAAUUUAGGUCGACAUGAACAGGCUGCGUUUUAUUUUAGAAAGAAUUUAGAAAGAAUGGAGGCGGAUCAGAAUGAGAGCCAAGAGUAUGUGGACGCUCUACUCUUUUUGGGAAACUACAGCAAAAAUAAUGGUUCUUUGGAAGAGGCUGAGGUUUACUGUACCCGGGUGCUGGAUUUUGGUGGCCCGGCAAAGGAAGAUGCUAAAGCAAUGCUGCGAGAAAUUCGUAGCGUUCAGCAGCAUGAAGAUAAUUUACAGUCUAUGGAAGCCGAUCGUGGCAGUCCAUGAAUAACCUCAAGCCACGUUUGUAGAAUUACUCUAGAUUAUACAUGGUUGAUGAGGACAGUCUAUGUUGUGACUUCCCUCUUUUGCUCGCAAGGUCUUGAAUAUUUUAGCUUGGCACAAGGCAACCCUGAAAAGGUUUCAAGAGGCAUUUGAAGUAGUUCCUAGACGUUUUGGUAAAGGAUUCAAUGGGUUUGGCUUCUCGUAAAAUGUUGGUUAAGUUAUUGAGCCUAUUUUGUCAGUUGAAUAGUUCAAACAUCCAAAUUUUCCUCAUCAUACCUUACAGAAUUUGCUACUCUUUCGUGCCGGGUACAGAAUUAGCUUCCGGAUCAGGUUCCUCGAAAUGUGGUGUGUACUUGUACAGUGAAAGGAUAUCAUAAAAUUGUUUCUGACUUGAAAGGUUCGAACUCAAAUUGUGAUGAGAGUUUGAGUCAAUUGCUAUUUCUUGUGCAUUA